UUUCCGUCUCACUUUGAAGGCAAGCAAAAACGAAAAUUCAAGAUUGAGUGGCUAAGCCAGUUCAAAUGGUUAGCCUACAGCGAACAAGAAAAAGGAGCGUUUUGCAAAAUGUGCGUUUUAUUUGCACCUUCUGUGGCAGGAGUUGGUAAUCAUCAGGCUUUGAAAACUUUGGUGAAGGAGCCUCUUUCAAAAUACAAAAAAGCUCUUGAAGUAUUUAACCAUCAUAAGGACACGAGCUACCACGCAUUCUCGGUAGAAAAAGCUUCUAAUUUCAAUAAAAUAGUGAGUUAUGAAGGCUCUUUAAGCAUUGCAGCCCAGCUUGAUAAACAAAAAGCAGCGAUUAUAGAAGCCAACAGAAGGCGUCUUAAACCCAUUGUCAAGACUGUUAUAUUUUGUGCGCACAAUAAUCUGCCAUUGAGGGGUCACAGAGAUGACGGUGAAUUACGGUGCUCAACUGAUUCAACCAAGAUAGUUGGUACCAGUCAAGGAGUUUUCAAAAAUCUGCUGUCGUUUCGUAUCGAUGCGGGAGAUGAAGAUCUCAGGUUUCAUUUAGAAACAUCAAAAAAAAAUUGCACGAUGAUCAGCAAAACUAUCCAGAAUGAAAUUAUUGAGGCGCUUGGUGAUGUUGUGAAGAAAAGCAUUGUGGCCGAUGUGAAAAAAUCUAAGUUUUAUUCCAUUCUUUGCGAUGAAACGACUGACAUAAGCACCAAAGAGCAAAUGACCUUAUGCGUAAGAUACGUUGAUACUGGAAAUUAGUGUUGAAGGAAGAGUUUUUGGGUUUUGUGGAAGUGAAGUCGACAACUGGACGUGAUCUUAAAGAGGUUAUAUGUGCCGAAAUAACGAAAUUGGGACUGUCUAUCGAAAAUCUUCGCGGCCAAGGUUAUGAUGGUGGUAGUAACAUGUCGGGAAAGUUUAAUGGUGUUCAAGCUCUCAUCAAAUCAGAGCAGCCGUUAGCUUUAUAUACACACUGUUUCAGUCAUUCGCUGAAUCUGUGUAUAUCGAAGAGCUGCGAAAUCCCUGCCAUCAGGAACAUGAUGGGAAUACUGGGCUCCGUAUCAACUUUUCUGUCAGCGUCUGCUAAGCGCACUGCUUUGUUGGAAAAAACCAUCCAGGAAUCUGAUCUAAAGGACACACGAAAACGCAAGUUGAAAGCACUUUGUAGUACUCGAUGGGUAGAAAGACACGAGAGUGUUCUCACAUUUCAGCAACUCUUUCAACCCAUUGUAGAUACCCUAGAGCAGUUGGAAAAUGAUCAUGACCCGAAUACUUCAAGCAAAGCAGCAAUGUUUAGCUCUUCAUUAAAACGAAGUGAUUUCAUAGUCUCAAUGGGAGUUGCCGCCUACUGCCUGUCUUUUACACUGAACCUGAGUAAGAACCUACAGAGUGUUGAUCAAGAUCUUUCAACUGCUCUGUCUCACGUUGAUGAUGUUAAAUCAGUACUUCGAGGUAUUAGGGAACGAAGUGAUGAGUAUGACGAUAUGGCAAUAUUAAAAGCCGCUGAGUUCUACGAUCAAGAUAUGCCAGGAUCAAUGUUAGAACUGACCUCUGAAUUGAAAAUGUGGAGGCAGAAAUGGCAAGGACAACAAACGGUGCCGAAAACUGCCAUCGAAGCUCUAAAAGAAUGCGAAGAAAUGUUUUUCCCAAAUAUAAGAGUACUACUUCAGAUAUUUCUAGUUUUACCUGUAACAACAGCAACCGCGGAAAGGAGUUUUUCGGUUUUAAGAAGACUCAAAACAUACCUGCGAAGUACCAUGACUGAAGGGAGGUUGAAUGGAUUAGCCCUCGCGAAUAUUAAUUCGUCACGUCAAAUAGAUGUUGAGGAAGUCAUCAGUACUUUUUGUAAAAUGAAACCCCGACGAUUAGAAAUGUCCAGUUGGGAUUGAUAUUACUCAUUUUGUUUUGUAGUUCA